AUGAGUCCACUGGACGACAGAAGGCGGCCCGCCGCCCUGAACCUCACACCCUCACGGUCGUCGUCGGCCGGCUCAUCCACAACCACAUCGUCUCUCAAGCCGCCAAGGACACCAAGAUUUGCUGAGGCGACGACCGUCCAUUCGCCUAUUGAUGGAAGGGGGCCGUUCGCAGACAGGUCAGAGGUUGCUCAGGCCCAGCCGGCUGAUGUUGGGUUCGGAUAUAUCAACAAUGGGUCGUCGAAUCGGGAGUCCGUCAACGUCCCAAUGACACCGAAGUCGCCCCUCAAGAGUGCUAUGAGGGUUCCUGGGACGCCAGCAAGGAAGUUCGACAACCCUCUGAGCCCUACCUUCAGGGAAGAAGAGAUCCUGGAGAAACGCGAGAAGCUUACUGAGAAGGAGCAAGCUAAGGAUCUGACCAUCAAGACACGAGUACGGAUGGCCAAGUUUGCUCUGCGUGGUGUCAACUUCAGCUGCAGCCUGAUCAUUCUGUCCAUGCUUUCCUCGUCCUUUGCCAUCUUCAACGCGACCAAGGUCCUACCAGCACAAAACAGCCUGCCCGCCUGGGCUCCGAACACGAACUCGUGGCCCCAGAAGGUUGUCUUGGCCGCUGCCUGCGUCUCUCUUGCUGUCUGUGUCCUGGUCUUUAUCGGCUACUGCCGCGGCGGCCACCACAGAGCUGAGAAGGUUGGAGUCUACUACACGCUCUUCGCUGUCGGCUGGUUCAUCUUCAGCAUGGUCAUGUGGGCUAUAGCGGCGGGCAUUUUGCAGUACAGUCGCAGCAACUCCAACAACAAGGACAUGUGGGGAUGGGCUUGUGUUCAAAAUCACCGGUCCGAUCUCUUUGCGGACAAGGUAGACUAUGCGCUUGUGUGCAGGCUUCAGAACUGGUCACUGAUCUGCAUCAUCAUUGAGAUUGUGGUCGAAGUCAUCAGCAUCACUCUUUACAGCGUUGUCUUCUACCGGUACUACACCAAGCGUCGCCUGACCAAGUCAAUGGACAUGCGAGACCGUGCUCGCUCGGAUCUCUACCUCGCUCAACUGCGCAGCCAGUCGGCACCCAACACCCCCGGGUUCGGCCCCAAGUCGCCUGCCUUCUCGCAGUACGCCUUGUCCCCUCGCUUCCCGCCUUCGACCUACAACUCGCUCUCCGAAGUCUCCGAGGGCCCAUCGUUCACUCCCGCCGCUCCCAUCGUCGAGCCUCCAUCAGCCUUUGCCGCAGCAGCCUCGCCCAGCUCCCCGAGUAAGCCCUUCAGUCUGCAGGCACCGCCGAAGAAGGCCCCCAGUGCAACCCCUAAGCUUGGCGGCUUGAGGACACCGGACACGCCGAACGCACCGCAACCCAACUUCACCUUUAGUGAGCACGCACCCGCGGCACCGGGCGAGCAGCAAUACGCGGCCGUGCCGAUCCCAGGCGCCUACGCCGACGCGGCAGUGAAGAGCCCACCACCGAGCGACGUCAACUUCAGGUACACGUAG